AUGACCACAGCCGGCGUUUGGGAUCCCAAGCAAGCGGGCAUUGACAUGAAGCGAAAGUCGUCAUUUUCGCUUCUGGACAACACCAAGCGGCCCAUGCCCAGCGAAGAUGAGGCCGGCGACCAGAAAGAGAAAUUGGAGAAGCUUUGGAAGCUGAUGGACACCUAUGAGCCAAACGACCCGGAGUCCAUCCAGAAGUCCUUCGCCCGACAUUUGGAGUAUUCCCUGGCCUGCACACGCUUCAACUUCACCAUGCAGGAUGCCUACCGGGCAGCUGGCUUGGUACUCCGGGACCGCCUCCUGGAGUCUCUGAACGAUACAAACGCGUACUACAGGAAGAUGGACGUGAAGCGAGGGUACUACUUGUCUGCUGAGUACCUGAUUGGAAGGCACAUGCAGAACGCCAUUGCCAACCUCGACCUGGAACAGCCCUUCAAGGAAGCCUUCCAGGGUCUCGGCAUGCAGCUCGAGGACCUUUUCCACGAGGAGGCGGACCCGGCGCUGGGCAAUGGUGGCCUCGGUCGUCUUGCCGCUUGCUUCCUUGACUCGAUGGCCACAUUGUCGUUGCCGUGCUGGGGCUACGGCAUCCGUUACAGCUACGGCAUGUUCAAGCAGGAUAUCCAGAACGGCCGUCAGGUCGAGAUGCCUGAUUUCUGGAUUGGGGAUGGAUGCCCCUUCGAAAUCCCUCGGCCAGACAUCACCUACCCUGUGCGUUUGUAUGGCGAAGUCGUCGAGGGCCUUGAUGCCAGUGGGUCAUGGUCCAUGAGCUGGGUCGGCGGCGAAAUUGUGCAGGCCAUGGCCUACGACAAUCCCAUUCCGGGCUUCGACACGUACAACACAAACAACCUGCGGUUGUGGCGUGCGUGCGCUUCGAAGGAGUUCGACCUGGAUCAGUACAGCGCCGCAAACUUUACCGAUGCUGUGGAGUCGCGGCGAAAGGCGGAGGAUCUGUCUGCAGUUCUGUAUCCGAACGAUGCAACCUACGAGGGAAAGGAGCUCCGCCUGCGGCAGCAGUACUUUUUUGUGAGCGCUUCUUUGCAGGAUCUGCUGCGUGAGUUCAUCAAGCGCCCGAACUACAAGUGGUCGGAGCUGCCGGAGAAGGUUGCUGUGCAGAUGAACGACACACAUCCGACCAUUGCUGUGGCAGAGAUGAUGCGCUUGCUGGUUGAUGUGAUGCGGGUGCACUGGGAUGAAGCCUGGGAACUCACCACAAAGUGCCUGAACUACACUAACCAUACGGUCAUGCCGGAGGCUUUGGAGAAAUGGCCCGUUGAGAUGAUGACCCGCAUGUUGCCCCGUCAUGUGCAGAUCAUUGGCGAGCUCAACCUGCGCUGGAUCAACGCACUGGUGGCAAAGUACGGCGACGGGCCCAUGAUCCACGCCUUGAGCAUCUUCGAAGAGGGUGACGUCAAGAAGAUCCGGAUGGGCAACUUGGCCAUCAUGGGCGCCAACAAGGUGAACGGCGUGGCCGCCAUUCACACGGAGAUCAUCAAGAAGGAGACUUUCCCCGAGUUCUAUAAGUACUGCUGCGACAGUGGCAAGCCCGACACGAUCGUGAACAUGACCAAUGGAGUGACACCACGCCGCUGGGUGCACUGUGCGAACCCUGCUUUGUCUGCUAUCUUCACCAAGUAUCUGGGCUCUCAUGAGUGGUUGACGGACAUGACGAAGCUGAAGGACAUGUUGAAAUUCAAGGAGGACCCAAAGCUGCACGCUGAGUGGAUGGACAUGAAGAAGACGGCCAAAGCAAACCUUGCAGGCUUCGUGAAGGAGAAGCUGGACCUGGACAUCGACCAGGACGCACUCAUCGACAUCCAGAUCAAGCGCAUCCACGAGUACAAGCGCCAAUUGCUCAAUGUCCUGUACGUCAUCCACCGCUACCAGGAGCUGAAGAAGAAGUCGCCCGCUGAGCGCGAGAAGGUGCAGAAGAGGGUGGUGUUGAUCGGCGGCAAGGCAGCGUCUGCGUAUGUGAAUGCAAAGAUCAUCAUCAAGUUGAUCAACAAUGUUGGCAAGGUCAUCAACAACGAUCCGGACACUGGAAAGCUUCUGAAGAUUGCUUUUGUGCCCAACUACUGCGUCUCUGCAGCGCAAGUCAUGAUCCCCGCUUCCGACAUCUCGGAGCACAUCUCGACAGCAGGCACCGAGGCAAGCGGAACCUCCAACAUGAAGUUUGUCAUGAAUGGUGGGUUGAUUAUUGGUACCAUGGAUGGUGCGAACAUUGAGAUUCGCGAGGAGUGUGGUGAGGACACCAUGUUCAUUUUCGGCUGCUUGGAGCAUGAGGUUGCUGGAAUUUCAGCCAAAGCCAAGAGCGGCCACUACCCCAUUGACAGCCGAUUGCAAGCUGUUUUCCAGGCCAUUCGCAAUGGGGAAUUCUCGAAGGGCGAGCCCGAGGCACAUGGGGAGUUCUGCUCGCUGAUUGACAAGCUCUGCAACACACACGGCGCUGGCACCUGGGAAGGUGACAAGUACUUGGUGGUGUAUGACUUCCCCUCUUAUGUCGAUGCGCAGAACAAAGUCGAUGCCACCUACGCGGAUAAGUCAAAGUGGUGCAAGCUCAGCAUCCAGGCUGCUUCCUCCAUGGCGAAGUUUUCGACGGACCGCACCAUCCAGGCGCCAGUUUCAGAAUUUGCAUCCACUCUGCUCUUGCUCUGGCCACGGGUCUGGGUAGCUGAUGCUCAUGAUACUCGCAUGCUCGACCAGUCGGGCUUCUACGAGUCAAGGGUCUGGGCGGCUGAUGCUCAUGAUGCUCGCCCAGUGGGGCUUGUACGGGCCGAGGGUCUUCGCCCAGAGGGGCUUCUAUGA